AGUUGAAACUCUUGAAAGUCAAAAGGUGAGGUUUGGGGAUCGGUUGUCAAAUUAUUUUUAAGAAAGGCGAGUCCCGCCCCGCCUGAGAUAAAUAAACAUUUCCACCCUUCACCGGCGAUUAGGGGGUCAACAACUCCGGAUCAAUUCCAGAUUUCAAUCAAUAUUUAAAGGAGAUAAAUGGCUUCUACUUUCCGUGCUUUUUUGAACAGUCCUGUUGGUCCUAAAACAACUCAUUUUUGGGGACCUGUUGCCAACUGGGGAUUUGUUGUUGCUGGGCUUGUGGACAUGAAUAAACCUCCUGAAAUGAUAUCUGGCAACAUGAGUGCAGCAAUGUGCGUUUAUUCAGGAUUAUUCAUGAGGUUUGCAUGGAUGGUUCAGCCUCGUAACUACCUACUUCUAGCUUGUCAUGCUUCAAAUGAGACUGUUCAACUAUACCAAUUUUCCCGGUGGGCAAGGGCUAAUGGGUACUUGUCGCAAAAGAAAGACGAAGAUACACCAUCACAGUGAUUUAUCGGAUUUGCUGAUCAUCAUUUGGCGCUUUUGUUGCAAUUAUGUAUAAGUGACUGAAUCAUACGCUUGUACGCCACCUUAUCACACAUUGAAGAAAGAUUAUGCUCACAAUUCACAAACCUUCAACUUUGGCAACACAUAUUUGCUGUUUACUCUUGAACCGUGCAGCUUUUCUAACAUGUUUUAUAUAGUUGAAAUGUUCAGAAUGUUUUGGUCAUACCCUGCUCUUUUUUUCUUUUUAACUGUGUUAUAUUUUCGGUCUAAAUUGGUUGAUGGCAA